AUGAAGAACUUAAUAUUUUUGGAUACAAUUGCUAAAGGAGAAUGUAAAUUUUAUGAUUGCUCUAUAGUUCUAUCUACUUGCAUGGAGAAUUAAUUUAAAGAUCAAAAAUAAGAACAAGCAUAUUUAUCAAGAUUAGAUGUUAUCGAUUGGAAGGUUGAAAGAGAAUAUAAACAAGAAAACAGUUGA